AUGCCCCGCGCGUCGUCCCCUUUCACCGCCUCUUCCGCCGCCACAGACCCAGAGGACUACUACUACUGCCCAACCACGACGACCACAGCAGCGGGAGCAGGGACGCGCGCGACGUCGCCACUGCACUUCCUGUACCCGACGAUGAUGAUGCUGCACCAUCACGACCGCGCCUGCUCAGGCUCGGCUGCGAGCUCGAGUGGUCACCAGCACGACCGCUUACACUCACACUCACACCACCACCCACACUCACACCACCACCACCAUUCACACCACCGCGACACCCACACCCACCACCUCUGCUCAAAGGACACGAUGAACUCGAAAGACACGCCCCACGUACACGCGCUCUCGUCGCCCCACCACUCCUCGCACGGGAGCAAGCGCGACUCGCGCGCAGCGGACAUUUCUCGCCUGCUCGACCCCGCGUACCGGCCCUCCUCGUCCUCCGCGCACCCGCACUACGCUGGUACGAGUGCCAGUACGAGCGCGUACGUCGACACGCAUGGCGACCUGCACGACCCCGACUUCCGGCACUUCCCCUCGCCUGCGGACCGGGAGCGGUUCGCGCGCACCCGCGGGGCGUCACCGACAAAGGGUGGCAGGAGCAGGGCGGCCUACCGCCCGCAUUGGGAGCGGGGGGACGAGCUGGCGCUGGAGGAUGAGGAUGAGGAUGGGAUGAUGAGGAACGAAGAGGACCACCAGCUCGAUGCGGACUCGGCGUACUUCCUCAGCCACCCGCGGUACACCUCUCCCACCUCGCGCCGCUCCUCCGGGGGUGCGUCGCACCAUUUCCGGAUCCACACGUCGCCUUCGUCGUACUCGUACGCGCCGAGCACGGGCACAGCGUCGAGCGGGUACUCGCCGACGUACUCCGUGACGAGCACGCUGCCGACGUCGGUUGACAGCGGGGAGACGGUGUUCAGCGCCGAGCCGUCCCCGUUCGAUUCCACGGAGAAGGAGAAGGAGAAAAGGGGCCUGCUGAAGCGCAGGCGGUUCUCAAAGGGCGAGAAGGAGAAGGAGCGCCGGGCGUCGAUUGACCUGGCGCCGGCUGUUGAGUUGUCGGAGAAGACGAAUGAGGAGGCGGAGCACGAUCAGGAGCGGGGGCAGGAGGAGAAGGAAGGGCAAGGGAGGCGGACGAGCAGGGAUGAGGGCGAGCGGGAGCACCCGCAGCAUCAGCGGGCGAACAACACCGACGACGAUGAGGAAGAAGAGGACGACGACCUCCUCGCGGGCCGGGGGGAGACGGGCGUGCCGACGUGCGGCGAGAGCAUCAGGCGGCAGUGGCAGGCCCUCGCGCUGCGUUUCCGCUUUGGCGUAUUCCGCGCGCAGAGGCGGGUGCGCCGGCGCGUGCACUCUCUCCUCUGA